UUACACUCGGGUCGAUGCGAAUGCAGCGAAUGGUUGUCUCCGUCUCCGGCUGUUGGGCUUCAGCAUGCCGAGCGCCUCUCUAAGAGAGCCUGUUCCCGAGUCAGCCGCACUCGUGACGGUCUUCGUCGAGGCGCACGUCGGUGCGACGAAGUCCGACGUGCCGAAGAGCGCUACAAAGCCCGCCUCAUUCAUCGUAGCAGCUGACAUAAACAAAGGAGAGCACGCGGGCCCAAUGCGAAGACAGAAUGUCAUGUUUUGUCUUCCACUCACAUUGCGCGAGCAGAGCCAGCAGAUGGACAGCUACGGUAACCAUCUUCACGACUUUGGCACAUGAGUGAAUCAUUGUGCUGUCGACGUGCAU